CACGCAUGAAUCGUUUUUUUUAAGGUAGAUAACGCAACAAAAUUGUCAUAUGCUCACGACUGAGAAAUUUGGUGACUGACAUGUCUGUUCAAGCAUACAGAGAAUGGGCUGUUAGUUUAACUCGAGAGCCACCAGAUAACUACAGUCAAAGCACUACAGAGUACAAGCUUGUGUUCGAGGGCGGGGACUUACAAUAGAGGAGCACAGUGCCCGAGAAUUUCCGGUUUUCAAUGAAACAGUGCCACCAGUGGCCAAACCUCAUCAACGGUAAAAUCUUGGUGCAAGGCAAUUUGCAAAGCCUCAGUAAGUUAGGGCUUAUGGUAAGUUUUGUCGUGCAGACUUAGAGUAACGUGGUAUAAUGAGCUUCCGGCCAAACCCUGGAGUCACUGAUGCACUAGGAAUCGCAAGAGGAAAUUGAAAGUGGCAGGGAUGAGUACUCGGGAGUGGAAUGCAGCCGACGCAUGCACUUAGUCUCAUGAAUGUUCUCUACACUCUCGAUCGCCACAAUCCUGCCGCACUCACGCCCAAGAGCUGGGGCAUCAGAAUUUGAGAAGCAGAUGCGUUCCAAACCCUAAUGUUAGUUCUACGUUCUGCUUCCGAUUUGCUUGCGAGUAGUUGCAAGCAGCGAAUGUUGGAGCACCUCGCCAGAUGUCGUUAGAAGAUCGCGCUGGAGUUGCAGGUUAGAUCACACUUAAUUCAUUUAGCACUCUUAGGAGUAAGGUUUGAAGAUAAAUGUACUAGAAUUGUAAACCACUUGAUUUCGAGAGCCGUUGGUGGAACAGAAGCAGAUCCAGAAGCAUAUCCUAACUACGUGCAAGCCAGGCACAGAAAGCGACAGAGAUCAAAUCGUCUAUGCUCUUCUGAAAGGGUCUCGCCCGACAUGAUUCGCUUUGAGUUUGGAAAGCUUGGCAAGAGAAGAGUGCUCACCACGAGCGGCAACGGUGAGUUGGUAAUCAGGCCUCUUGGGCCGAAGGAACCGUAUGUAGCGAUAAGCCACAUAUGGGGGGGCAAUACCAACACCAUCAAGGGUAUAAAAUGGAAAGUCGCAACUUGGAUGUCCCUUGAACGUUGUAAAGCCUUGGUCAAAUCUUACGACUGCGUCUGGAUAGACAGCUUGUGCAUCGACCAAGUUCAUGGGGAGGAUAAGCAUGCACAAAUCAAGAAUAUGCAUAAGAUAUAUGAAGACGCAGAGUAUGUUGCCGUGGUGUUGACGGGAGAUUAUGGCCGGCAGCUAACCUCCCUGCGUCGUCUUACGGAACUGCUUAUUGAUUUAAAGAGCUUGGGCCGGGAAUGUACGUCAUCUCGUCAUUGUACUUACCUUAAAACCAUGGAGGGGAUUGAAGAAGCGGCAGUUGUUGUGAACGAAAUGCAGUGGUUCAAGCGUGUGUGGACGUUGCAAGAAGCUAUAGUACCAGCAUUUCUCACCUUUGUAGGAUUUGAUCAAGAUGGGAAGCUGAAGCGCGAUGUAACAACAAUGGAUGAAAUUAGGGAAUUUAUUCAUGCAUUUGAUCUUGUAUGCGACGUGGGGACUGAAUACUGGGCAGGAUCGCUUACGCAUCCCUGCACUUUGUCUGUUAUCGACUGUUUAGGUGUAUGCCAGAAAGUUCGCGACAUUGUGAAUUUGAUGACGCCAAUUAAUCUCAAUUGGUAUAAAGACACGAAGCGGUUGAAGGAGCGGAGAAGAUGCUUGGAAUACACUGCCUAUAGAGUUUUCAAGCAGCUUCAUAAGCGUGACUGCAAGUUCAUUCAUGAUCGAGUUUAUGGUGUGUGUGCUCUCUUGGGUAUAAAGAUAAGUCGCGUGGACUAUAAAAGAGAAUAUGAAGAUGUGUUCAUUGAGGCUGUAAAAAAGCUCGUAGAGCGUGGAGUCUGUGCCCUCCCGCUGCGACCUCAAUUGGUCCAUGGGAACACAUGGUUACCAAGCUUGAAGGAUGUAGACCUAAAAGAUGCGUGGAAGUUGGUUAAAUCAACCUGUGCGAUGAAUGAAGAAGAAGAUUCCUACCACAAUCUAGUGUGCGAGGGAGAUCGUGUAUAUGCAACGGGUGGAUUGGUCCAGAUGGUCAAUCCUUUUAAACUCCGGACAAGCAUGGAGACCAUUGGAAAGAUCUUGCAAGACUUUGUGGAGGCUGUGCAUGUUGAAAAGGAUUUUGAUCCAGUUGGCAGCAUUCAAGACCCUGCUUUGCUUACAAUUACAUGUGUAGUGCUAUGGAUGUUUCGCAACCGUGGAAAUGAUGCUGAAGUCACAACAAGGGAUGUAGAUACCGUAAUACUUUCAGUAUACAAUAACAAGAAAUCUGCAGAUGAAGUUGAAUCGUCCAAGGACAAGAAUAGGUGCAACAUCUUGGAGGAAUUUGGCAUUGCUGCAUCAGAUAUCAAAUGGCACUUGGACACACAAAAGUUAACCACAUCGCAGGUGGUAGCGAACAUACUAGAAGCUUGUGCCUUAGUGCCACUAGAAGACAACAGCGCACAUAAAAUUGCGUCAUUGGUCGACCGAGAUGCCAUAUUAGUGGUCAAAAAGAAACUUGGGUUUGUGUUGUGCAGCGUGCCUUCGUCGGUGCAAAGUUCCUACGAUACUUACGGUUUCUUCUACAAGUCAUCUUUGGGCGUCAGAGUGCGUGAGAUUAGUUGCAAUGUGCUUGUACUGAAUGGUGAUGACGUGUGGGACAAUUAUGGCGACGCGCUCUGUUGGUACAUUGGUAGGGUGAGGAAUAUUUGCAAGAGGCGUAUAUGUGUUGGUACAAUACACUGAUACUUUAGCUUGUUGCCCUACUUAGAUUAACGUCUCUGCUUCUUUCAAACUCUCAAUUCACAUCCUUCUAGCUCCAGUCUCAGAGGAUGAAAGCUGCUUAGGGUUUCUGCUUAGACAAGCAUUUGUGAACCCCGUCACAAGUUUGUUAAUGAUUCGCGCUAAGGUCUUUCGUCAGUUAUGAUGAUAGGAGUAGCUUAAUUGUGGAGGAAACAUGUCUAGAAUGGCAAAGUGGCAUGGUGCAAAAGCUUCACUCCCAAGAUUGUUAUGGAAUUUAGUGGACACCAAGAUCUUCGGUGUGCCAAUAAUUGUUCAAUACUUGCUUGUGUUUUUAACUGGGCCAUUACCUUGA